UUAAGUAUUCGGAUUGCUUUUGCUUUAGAUAAAAUCGCAACGCCAAAAUUUACAGAGAAUAUAAGUCGAGAGAGAAUUAGUCGGAGUUAGAGAGAGUGAAACAAAAUGAGUAUCAGCUGCGCGUUGAAGGUGGUUCCGAUUGUGCUUCUGUUGGUUCUUUUCGCGUUAGCGAAUGCCAAGAAAUCAGCUGAUGUGACCGAGCUGCAGAUCGGCGUCAAAUAUAAGCCUCCAUCAUGUGAAUUCCAGGCUCAUAAAGGUGAUAGAGUAAAAGUGCACUAUCGGGGGAAACUCACUGAUGGAAAGGUUUUCGAUUCCAGUUUUGAAAGAGGUGAUCCCAUUGAGUUUGAGCUUGGUAGUGGACAAGUAAUCAAAGGAUGGGACCAAGGAUUGCUGGGGAUGUGCGUUGGUGAGAAGCGCAAAUUGAAAAUACCUGCUAAGCUUGGAUAUGGUGAACAGGGUUCACCACCCACCAUCCCAGGUGGAGCAACGCUAAUAUUUGACACAGAGCUUGUUUCAGUCAAUGGGAAGCCAUCGAGUGGGGAGGAUACAAGUGAAGAUGAGCUAUAGUUGCUUUGUUCAUUAGCGUCAACUUUUUUUUUUUUUAUAUAUUUUACUACGCUUGUUUUCCAGUAAAAAACGCUAUUAUGAUGGCGUAACCUCAACAGGUCUUCUGUCUAGGAUUCAGAUAAUAUUUUUGGGGGGUUUUUUUUUUCCACAAGGAAAACUAUUUGUUUGUUAGAAUGUUGGAGAAACAUUCUUUUUGGAUGGUUCUUCCUUUGAUUAUUAUAAUAUGUGGGCAGAUAAGGUGAA